AUGUUGUCUAUACGACAUAAAAGGCCUAUUUCUUUUUUGUCGGUAAUCAUUUGCAUUAUAUUGGCGAGAUUAUGUCUAGGUUCUUCCUCAUCUAGUCCAUAUGAAACAUGGCCUGAAGUUAGUGUAGAGGAACAAAAUGCGAUAAGAUCCGAAAGAGAUAUUCAAAAUAAUAUAACGAUAGAUCAAUUACCAUACGUAGGUGUCAACCUACAAUCAGUAUUAUUUAAUAAUGAAACAUAUGAAGAAGUUUCGGAGAUUGAUACAACUACAAGUUUGAAUGGAACUGAUACCCUUAAUAAUUUUGCAUCCAUGUUAAAUCAAGGAAUUGGAAGUUUUAUAUUAGAUAUUGAAAAUAAAAACCAUACAUGGUAUAUUUUAGAUACCAACAUACAAGUUAAAGAUUUCCUUUCAACACUAGAGAAUUUCUUAGAUCAGAGUAACAGUAAUUUAUCUGCCAAUGUAUUAUUGUUUUUGUUAAGAAUUCAUGUGAAUAGUUUAGAUGAUGACGAUAGCGUUACUGAAAAUGAUAGAACGAUAAUACGAGAUACAUUAAAUCAUACAACUUUGAAUUAUACAAUGACAAGGCAACUUUCUUUGGAACUCAGUGGAAAUGAAAGGGCUAAGAGUGUUAGUAAUAAUACUCAGUUGACAAAUUUAAAUUUAACAGCAUUAAUCGAACAAAAUUUUAAUACAAAUUACAUUUAUAAACCAUCAAAUCUUCUGGAAGACAAUAAUCUAAAUUUGUCUACCAGUAUUCUUAAUAUAUCUUCAUCAGCAACUUCGUCAUUAGAAUGGCCAACAUUGGAAAAGUUCUUAUAUACAAAGCACAAUAGAAUUGUCAUUACAGAAUUAACUUCGAUGUUAAACGAUAGUUUGAGCUCAUAUGUGUUUCCAAACACUAUUUUACAUUUAGAUAGAUAUAAUUCAACGCUAACGUGUCCCACAAAUGCAGAAGAGUUUAAAAAUAUAAGUUCUAUCCAAUGGAGGCUUCUUGAGGCUCCAUUUGAUUACAACGGUAUUCAACAAUAUAUGCGUUGUGGGUUUUCACCAAUAAUAACUAAUAGGUUCAGCAUUUUAAAUAUUACAGAGAUUACGCCAUUGAUAAAUAGAGGUAUUAUAUGGUCAUGGAAGAAAAAUGAACCAAGAUUGUCGAAUUCAAGAUUACUUAUGGGUAAAGAUUCAAUGCAAGCAUAUAAUUGUGCCAUGUUAAAAUUUACUUCAUCUAAUGGGUCAGCUUAUUGGCAAGUUGAUAAUUGUUAUUCUACUCGAACCAUGGUUUGUAAAAAUAAAUUCGAUCCAUUUAUAUGGACACUCUCAAAGGAAAAACAUAAAUAUUUCACAUAUUAUAACGAUAAUGAUGAUGUAUUUUGUCCUGAUAAUUAUACAUUUUCCUUACCAAUUACUCAGUUGGAACAAAGGUCUUUAGAUCUUUAUCUAGAAAGUCUAGACACACCAAAUUUUAAUCUAUGGAUCAAUUUGAAUUCUAUUGCAGUGAGUAAUUGUUGGUUAAUUGGUGAUAGAAGUUAUAUGUGUCCAUAUUCUCGUUCAGUAUCAAAGAGAAAUUUUGUUUCUAUGUUAGUUCCUGUCGUAAUUAUUGCAGCCGUAUUAUUGGUUUGUGUCCUGUAUUUAAGCUUGUUAAAUGUUCCAAUUCAUGAUAAUCGUAAGAAUUGGAGAAGAGUUGUUAAUAAGAUCUCUAAAUCAGAGAUGGAAGGUGUUCCAUCGUAA